GGCCUUACCUCUGUAGCGAUACUUUGAACCUCAAUCUGUUGCGUCGGAAUCCCCCCGUUUUAGGGGUCAGUGGACCCGACUGGCUGACCCUCUGGAAACUCCCGAGCUCUGUCGGGUGCUUUCCUGGAACCCGCAAUAUGGUCGGACACCAGUUUGCUUUUCUGCUGCGAACCCUCCCCACCCGCCCAGUGUUGCUCCGAGAUUGUCUGCGCAUCCCAGCGCUCCUUGUGACGCUCGGGACGUGCAGUCCCAAAGCCCCAGACCACAUGUGUCUAGCACCCAAGGGUUCUGGCUCCAGUUCUCCUCUUCUUGGGGCAUCUCAGAGCCUGCGCACCCCUCUCCCCGCCUACCAGGGGAGACCUGGGUUCUAGAUUUGGUGCUGCCACUGCCCAGGUAUCUUCCUACCUCCUAGAGCCUCAGUUUGACCUCUAUAAAAUAGGGUGAUUUAAAGGUCCUCUCAGCCCCUAGUCCUGAAGCUCUUUACUCUGGACUUCUAGCUGUGCUUCAGGACUAGGGGAAAGAAGUCAAGAGUGUAGCAGUUCCAGAGGCUCCCUGGAGGAGGAGUUGACGGUUGAGAAGGAUCAAGUGGUAUUGAGUUCUAGCCAUCUUAUUUUAAGUGCCAUCGGUUGAGUCUCAGUCACCCAGCCAUACUUUUUGUUCCCUGCAUUUCCUUCUUUCUGUAAAUGCCCUCAAGCUCAGCCCAGAAGAGGGUGGGGCAUUCUGGGCCCUAGGUAAAAGCUUGGGGAGGUGGGGGUGACCUGGGGAGCUGCCACCGUGCAUCUGCCUUUGAUGCUUGCGCCUGCAGGGAGUGCUCGGUGCCCCCUCCCUAUGCCACCCUCAUGAUGCCCCUGUCCCGCUGGCUGAGAUCCGUGGGGGUCUUCUUGCUGCCAGCCCCCUGCUGGGUGCCCCAGGAGAGGUGGCUGGGUGCCCUACGGCGGCCCUCCCUGGUGCACGGGUGCCCAGUCCUGGGGGCCUGGCACAGUGCCCGCUGCCGGUGCCAAGCGUGGACAGAGGAGCCUCGAGCUCUUUACUCCUCCCUCACAAUGAAUGGAGACCAGAAAUUGGACGUUUAUGCUCAAGAAAAGCAGGAUUUCCUCCAGCACUUCUCCCGGAUUGUCAGGGUGCUGACUGAGGAUGACAUGGGGCACCCAGAGACAGGCGAUGCUAUUGCCCGCCUCAAGGAGGUCCUGGAGUACAAUGCCAUUGGAGGCAAAUACCAGCGGGGUUUGACGGUCCUGAUAGCAUUCCGGGAGCUGGUGGAGCCAAGGAAGCAGGAUGCCGAUAGUCUCCGGCGGGCCCUGACUGUGGGCUGGUGUGUGGAACUGCUCCAAGCUUUCUUCCUGGUGACAGAUGACAUCAUGGAUUCAUCCCUCACCCGACGGGGGCAGAUAUGCUGGUAUCGGAAGCCAGGCAUAGGUUUGGAUGCCAUCAAUGACGCUCUGCUUCUGGAAGCAUGUAUCUACCGCCUGCUGAAGUUCUACUGCCAGGAGCAGCCCUAUUACCUGAACCUGAUUGAGCUCUUCCUGCAGAGUUCCUAUCAGACUGAGAUCGGACAGACCCUGGACCUCAUCACAGCCCCCCAGGGCAAUGUGGAUCUUGGCAGAUUCACUGAAAAGAGGUACAAAUCUAUUGUCAAGUACAAGACAGCUUUCUAUUCCUUCUACCUUCCUGUAGCUGCUGCCAUGUACAUGGCGGGCAUCGACGGGGAGAAGGAGCAUGCCAAUGCCAAGAAGAUCCUGCUGGAGAUGGGAGAGUUCUUCCAGAUUCAGGAUGAUUACCUUGAUCUCUUUGGGGACCCCAGUGUGACGGGCAAGAUUGGCACGGACAUCCAGGACAACAAAUGCAGCUGGCUGGUGGUUCAGUGUCUGCAACGGGCCUCUCCAGAACAGCGCCAGAUCCUGCAGGAGAAUUACGGGCAGAAGGAUACCGAGAAGGUGGCCCGCGUGAAGGCACUAUACGAGGAGCUGAACCUGCCGGCUGUGUUCACGCAGUAUGAGGAAGACAGUUACAGCCGCCUUAUGGGUCUCAUCGAGCAGUAUGCUACGCCCCUGCCCCCAACCAUCUUCCUGGGGCUGGCGCACAAGAUCUACAAGCGGAAAAAGUGACCUAGAGACUGCGAGGGCGAGGAGGGGAGGCUCUCAAUAAACUGUCUAAUCUUC